AACAGAGUCCCUUAUUACUGUCUCUUUGCACCCUCUUCUCUCUCCUCUUCAACACCCAAAAACAUGAUUGAGUAAAAACUAAAAACACAGAUUUGUAGCAAAGUUUUCAUCUUUCAAGAACACCCAACAUACCACCAACAAAGAUUUGCAUUUUGCAGCAAAACCCACCAAAAAUCAUCUAUUUUUUUAGUGAAUUCCACAUGGGUUUUUCAUAUUCUUUCAGUAGGUGAUGGUGGUGAUGAUCUUCAAGAUCUUUGGUCUUUAACAAACCAUUGAUGCAAUGAGAUGUAAUCUUUUUCACAAAAAGAAUUUAACCCAAUUCAGAAAACACUCAAAAUAGCACAAAAAACCAAAAAAGUUUUAAUUUUUGUAUACCCAGAAAGAUUUUCAUUAAAUCUUUCUAAUUUGAUAAUUUCAACAUUGCAAAUAUGAGGAAACAUGGAUGGCAACUUCCCUACCACCCUCUUCAGGUGGUAGCUGUAUCUGUGUUCUUGGCAUUGGGUUUUGGAUUCUAUGUGUUUUUUGCUCCUUUUGUUGGUAAAAAGAUGUACCAGUAUAUUGUAAUGGGGAUCUACACUCCUCUUAUUAUAUCUGCAUUCGGGUUGUAUAUAUGGUGUGCGGGUGCGGAUCCGGCAGAUCCGGGUGUUUUCAAGUCGAAAAAGUAUAGUAAAACUCCGAAUAACAACAAAACGAGUGGUAGAGUUAAGGAAUCUAAACUUGGUGGGGAAUCGACUUCAUCGAUACAAGAUGCGAAUGCUGCAAGUGUUGGAGGUAAACAGUCGGUCAAGAACGUGAAGAAUUUGGAUUCGAGAACGGAUGAUAAUGUGUCGGAAACUGUAAAGAGCACGGUGAAACCGUGUUGGUUUGUGGCUUUGGUUCCGUGUGCUUUGAUGUGCGGUUGCUCGAGUUCGAAUGAUGAAUCUUCGGAGCUUCAGACAAGUGAAGAUGGCAUGUUUUACUGUAGUUUGUGUGAAGUUGAGGUUUUUAAGUACAGCAAGCAUUGUCGAGUUUGCGACAAAUGUGUCGAUCGAUUUGAUCAUCAUUGCAGGUGGCUGAAUAACUGUGUAGGCAAGAAGAACUACAAAAAGUUCUUUACUCUUAUGAUCUCGGCACUUCUCCUACUGGUACUUCAAUGGUCAACUGGGAUCGUUGUGUUGAUAUGCUGUUUUCUUGAUCACAAGAGAUUCAGUGUAGACAUUGCUACGAAGCUUGGAAGCAGUUUCUCGUUAGUGCCGUAUGUUAUCGUCGUGGGAGUGUGCACGAUUUUGGCUAUGAUCGCAACGCUGCCACUUGUUCAACUUUUCUUCUUUCACAUUCUUCUAAUAAAGAAGGGAAUCAGUACAUACGAUUAUAUCAUAGCAUUGAGAGAGCAGGAACAACAGGGCAUCGGUGGUCAACAAAGUCCGCAAAUGUCACCCGCAAGCUCUAUCACCGGUUUAAGCAGUGCCAGCUCGUUUAACAAUUUCCGUCAAGGAGCGUGGUGUACGCCCCCACGUUUGUUUGUUGAAGAUCAGUAUGAUGUAGUUCCACCGGACACUGGUUCCGUUAGCUCACUGGGUAAGAGGACAGUAGACGAGCCCAUGAAGAAAAAGAACCCCGCGGCCGUAAAGAUCAGCCCGUGGACAUUGGCCCGUUUAAACGCAGAGGAGGUAUCAAAAGCCGCAGCGGAAGCCCGAAAGAAGUCUAAAAUCAUACAGCCCGUUUCACGAAAAGACACCCAACUGGCUACCCCUUACGGGCUCGAACGCGAUAACAGCGUUGGAAGCAGCGAGCGUCGGUUAUUCUCAAAGCUCGAAAGUAGCCGAAGACGAGGAAGCAAGAGGAUCCGUCUUCCGGAACAUUCACACCCCGCAGAACAACCAUCGUUACACCACAAUAUGAUAAACGAUCGAAUAACGGGUCAGGAUUUUUCAACCCUGGUCCCUUUGCAGCUCGAGGCCCGUAGUGUUUUCCGGCCGAUGGGUUCGACUGGUAUCGUAGAAUCGUCACCGGAUAGCAGCUUGACCUCGCCCGAUAUUCACCCGGUUAGGAUCUCUUCGGGCACCGACGAGGCUAGGAUCCCGAUCUCUGGGGCCCACGAGAAGCCCGGGGUCAUACCGUUGUCUAGAUCGACUAGCGAUGGGGGUUAUGACGCAUCGGGUGGGGAAGAUAGCGACCGGGUCCCGUCUCGGUUGGUUCAAAGGUCGGGAAACUGGAGCGCGCGGUUGUUUAGCGGUGAACAAGAUGACAUGAUUGCAAGAUUGAAGAUGGCAUCUUCUUCAAGAUCAACAUCUAAUUAUGGAAAAUGAAAGAAAGAUAAGAUUUGAGGUCAUUUUUGCAAUUUUUUUAUUUGUUAGGGUGGAAAUCAGAAACAAGAUAUGUGGGUGGAAGGAAGAAAUGACUAAUUUGGGAAAAGAUAAUGUUAAUGUAAAAAAGAUUGGGGCUAUUUCUCAAGUGAUUAGCCAUAUAUUUGCUCAAAUUGAUGUGUCUAAGCUUUGAAUUGGAUUAUGA